CGAGGAGAGCCCGCGGAGCAUGCGCGUCGGCGAGCUUCCCGGACGGCGUCAUGAAGCUGUUCUGCGCUCUGUGUUCGGCCCGGGCUGCUCGGCGCGAGUUUUUCCCCUGUGGCCGCGACGUGGCGCGCUGGUUCCCGGGCCACAUGGCCAAGGGGCUGAAGAAGAUGCAGAGCAGUCUGAAGCUGGUGGACUGUGUCAUUGAGGUUCAUGACGCCCGGAUCCCACUUUCAGGUCGCAACCCUCUGUUCCAGGAGACACUUGGGCUAAAGCCUCACUUGCUUGUCCUCAACAAAAUGGACUUGGCAGAUCUCACAGAGCAGCAGAAAAUUAUCCACCACUUGGAAGGAAGAGGCCUAAAAAACGUCAUUUUUACCAAUUGUAUAAAGGAUGAAAACAUCAAGCAGAUCAUCCCGAAGGUCACAGAACUGAUUGGGUACAGCUACCGCUAUCACCGAGCACAGAAUCUGGAGUACUGUAUCAUGGUGAUUGGGGUCCCCAAUGUGGGCAAGUCCUCCCUCAUCAAUGCUCUGAGGCGACAGCACCUCAGGAUAGGCAAAGCUGCCAGAGUAGGUGGAGAACCAGGGAUCACUAGAGCUGUGAUGUCCAGAAUCCAGGUUUGUGAGCGUCCACUGAUGUUCCUGCUGGAUACCCCGGGAGUGCUGGAUCCUCGGAUCCAAAGUGUGGAAACAGGCCUGAAGUUGGCCCUCUGUGGAACUGUGUUGGACCACCUAGUUGGGGAAGAGGCCAUAGCUGACUACCUCCUCUAUACCCUCAAUAGGCACAAGCUGUUUGGGUAUGUGCAGCACUAUGGCCUGUCCAAUGCCUGUGAUGAUGUACAGCAUGUGCUGAAGAGUGUGGCUGUGAAGCUAGGGAAGACGCGGAAGGUGAAAGUGCUUACAGGCACAGGUGACGUUAAUGUUAUCCAGCCCAAUUACUCCAUGGCAGCCCGCAACUUCCUCCAGACCUUCCGCAGUGGGCUUUUGGGCCCAGUGAUGCUUGACCGUGACAUUCUUCAGGGCCUUCCUACUGCUGACAUGGACCUCUGAACUGGCCAGAUGGUGUGACCCCCAGACUUCCUGCAGCUGGAGUGUUUAACUGUCCCUUUCCAGAUGUUCUACCCUGGUCACUGAGACUCAGGCCCUGCUCCAAGUGAAUAUUGUGUUCUGCCCACAAGGGCCCCUGAGUACUGCUAUGGGGUUCUAGGCAGUCUUGUUUGAAUGGCUUUGCCUCACAUUUCUUCUUUUCAGGGACACUAAUGUGACUCAAGAGGAGUCAAACCUAUAAUUUGAAACUUACAAAAUUUGGGGUUAAAAAGCCCAGCCCUCUUCUCGUUUUGCUAUUUUCAGAUAGCGUCUCACUGUGUAUCCCAGGCUGGCUUUAAAUUUGAAAUAUCCUGUCUCAGCCUCCUGAGUGCUGGGAUACACCUGUGUGCCUUGAGACCUGGCUAAAAGACCCAUCUUUUACUGGCUCUUUCAUUGUGUACCCUUGGUGUAUUAAAGUCCCUCCCUCCAUUGAAGGCUGGGGAUGGGUAGGUUAAGGACUGGGGCUCCUUUGGAAUUCUACAAUGAAUAAGAGUCUAGCUAUCAGCA